CCCCCCCCCCAAUAAUUUGGCACGUUUCCCCAUGUUUCUGUUUUCUAUUUGUUGGACUUACUCGUUGGCGAACUGUAAUUUAGAUCUAAAGCGCAUUUUACUUGACUAGUUGCUGAUAGGCGCAUUAAUUUUGGCAGGAAAACAUUCUAGAGAAGCUUUCGUCCGUUCUUGUGGAGGAUGACGAGGCGUUUCCGCGCCGAAGCGCCAUAGAAUGUUUCACAGUGUGGAUAACAAAUCGGCAUUCGAUGAUAGCACGAAUCCUUUGCUCUAGGAAACCGGCGAAAGACCAAUCGCAGACCGAAGGAUUUCCGACGUCUGACGAGGGUCAUGAUUUAGGAGUCGGCAACCAAUCGGAAGCUACCAAAACACCAUCGGGAUUUGAAAUUGGACCAAGCGUUUGUCGUGCUUGUCGGGAUUUUGACUGGGAAGUAAAACUGCGUGGGUUUGAAUUUUGGGAAGCUGUCAUAGAUUACUUUACCGAGUUCAAAACCAACAGGGAAAGCGCUGGCAGGGAUAAAGCGAAAUCGUUUUCUGGAGAAGUAUUAGACUGUCACGCCAGUAAUGAUGGAAGUUUGCAAGAAGAAGGCAUUGAGAAGUGCUUUCAGAUUCUUUUUGAAAUGGGAGCGUUGAGUGUCCUCAGUGAAGAGCUAAAUGAUUGCGACCACAUGGUGUGCGAGAAAGCUCUCGAAGUACUAGCUACCUUGCAGCGUGUUGCGUAUCGCGAAUUCCCUACCGAGGAGCGAUGUGUGAAGACCUCGCGGGAUUUCCAAGAAACUCUAGGGAAAGGGUUUGGUUUGGAGAAGUUUAAGGAAGUUUUACAAGCGACGGAUAUCCCGGCGUUGGUUCAGUCAUGUGAAGCGGCUGACAAUGCGAUCAGAUCAGAUCCAGUGUCAUUGAUAGAGGACAUUCUUUCAGCGGCUGAACACCACGACGAGAAUUUGUUGGAUUGUUACUGAUUUCCACCUGUAUUCUAUCGUUACAAAAACCGACCUUAAUAAAGUUCAGCUGAACAGCGCAGUUCUGUCUUUUCCUUGGUUGUUAGUGACGAAUAGGUGACUUUCGUUUUGAAUCAAGUUUAUACUUACCUUGACUGGUAAGGUUCGGUAAGGUGUUGCCUGGCUCCUAGGCCUCAAUAUUUUACCGCGGUCUCAUUCCGUGGCCGAUCGUCUUGGGAACUAGGUCACCGCAAUUAACCGUGAAGGCCUGGGAGAACCUUUUUGUCAAAAUGCGAAUUAGCUGAGAUCAGAAUACUGGGAUUUAAAGUCAAUUUUAACAUGAAAUGUUCUUGAGAAGAUGAUUAUUACUCUGUCAGUGACAAAGGCGUUUUCGGGAAAAACUUUCUGAGUACGCCCGUGUUACUGACAGAAAAAUCAGGUCAUAUGUUUACCAGCCCAACAAUUGCCUGAGAGCGCGCGCUAAGUAAUAAAAUGAACAAUGAUAGGGCAGAUGACCAUUGCUAUAGCUUCAACGAU